GCCAGCUGACUGCAGAAAGAACAAACUGUCCUUAACUGCUUCUCCAUACCAAGGUCACUACUUAACUCGACAUUUCACCUAUUCACCUCCCACAGAUUCUCAUCACCUCUCUUCUCCUUCUUUCCCCCUUCCACGCAUUCCUCAUCAUUACCUCUUUACCGAGGGGGACCGGGAAGCGCUGGCACCAUUUGAAGACCUCUUUCAAGGCUAUUCUUUGUACCCUGCUGUCCGCGUAGACAGUCAACACGCCCCCUUUGAAGAUCCACUUUAUUAUUUGACAAAAUUGCGACACUAUGCGGUCGUUCGCACUCUGGGCUUUGAGCCUUCUUGGAGCUUGUGCUGUAGCUUCUGCCACUGAUGAAAAAGCUGAAGCUCCCUCCGAUGUUAUUUCACUUACUAAGGACACAUUCGAUGGAUUCAUCAAGGAACAUGACCUAGUUCUGGCCGAGUUCUAUGCUCCCUGGUGUGGCCAUUGCAAGGCUCUCGCUCCUAAGUAUGAGGAGGCUGCGACUGAAUUGAAAGAAAAGAACAUUCCGUUGGUCAAGAUUGACUGCACUGCGGAAGAGGAUAUUUGUCGUGAUCAAGGAGUGGAAGGGUAUCCCACCCUCAAGAUUUUCCGUGGUCAUGAUUCUGUCAAACCUUACCAGGGGGCUCGUCAGACCGAGGCUAUUGUCUCAUACAUGGUGAAGCAGUCGCUUCCCGCUGUAUCCGCUGUCACAGCAGAAAAUAUUGAAGAAAUUAAGACUAUGGACAAAAUUGUCGUUAUUGGCUACAUCCCGUCUGACGACCAGGCGGCCAAUGACAUUUUCACCACUUUUGCCGAGUCCCAGAGAGACAACUAUCUCUUCGCCAUGACAAAUGAUGCAGCUAUUGCUAAGGCGGAGGGUGCCAAGCAGCCUUCAAUUAUUCUGUACAAAGACUUUGAUGAGAGAAAGGCUAUCUAUGAUGGGGAGAUCGAGCAGGAUGCUCUUCUCAGCUGGGUAAAGACUGCUAGCACACCCUUGGUGGGCGAGCUUGGCCCAGAGACUUACUCUGGAUAUAUCACGGCUGGCAUCCCACUGGCCUACAUUUUCUCCGAAACCAAGGAAGAGCGUGAGAAGUUCGCCGAGGAAUUCAAACCAGUCGCCGAGAAACAUAAGGGUGCGAUCAACAUUGUCACCAUCGACGCUAAGAUGUUUGGUGCUCAUGCCGGCAAUCUCAAUCUCGACCCCUCCAAGUUCCCUGCAUUCGCUAUCCAAGAUCCUGAAAAGAAUGCCAAGUACCCCUACGACCAGUCGAAAGAAGUCAAGGCCAAGGAUAUCGGUAAAUUUAUUCAGGAUGUUCUUGAUGGUAAUGUGGAGCCCAGUAUUAAGUCCGAGGCUAUCCCUGAGACCCAGGAGGGUCCUGUGACAGUUGUAGUAGCCCACUCCUACAAGGAUCUCGUCAUUGACAACGAGAAGGAUGUUCUUCUUGAAUUCUAUGCACCAUGGUGCGGACACUGCAAGGCCCUUGCCCCCAAGUAUGAGGAGCUCGCGGGUCUUUAUAGCAAUAUCCCUGAAGUCACCAUCGCUAAGAUUGACGCAACUGCCAAUGAUGUUCCAGACUCCAUCACAGGCUUCCCCACCAUCAAGCUCUACCCGGCCGGUGCCAAGGAUUCUCCUGUUGAAUAUGAAGGCCCUCGUACUGUCGAGGAUCUAGCGAACUUUGUCAAGGAGAAUGGCAAGCACAAGAUUGAUAUCGGCUCAAAGGAGGAACAGGAAAGUGGCGGUGCCACCGAGACUACGAGUACUUCCGACGAGUCUGAGACUCCUGCUUCUGCUAGCGAUGACAAGGCCGAGCACGAUGAAUUGUGAAAUUCAUCUGGCAUGAUAUUCAAAUUUAUGAGAUGUUGUAUUCUACCAGCAGUUGAACAAUCUCGGCCAUUUUA